AUGCUCAUGCGAGAAGACCAAAGCUCUUCGAAUGGCUACCACCCUGCCGAGAUCAACCGCGUGGAAGAAGCAAGCUCAGACUCGUUGGAAGGCGUGAGAACAAUCCUAGUCACAGGGGCAGCUGGAUUCAUCGGGGGAUGGUUCGUUCGUCGCCUGAUCGAGACCUACGGAGACCGAUACGUGGUCGUAUGCUUCGACAAUCUCGGGUACUGCGCGUCCAUGGACAACUUCCGCGCCAUUCGACACCUCCACAACUUCCAUUUCAUCAAAGGGGAUGUAUGCAGUUUCCCCGAUGUCGACAGCGCGUUGCGAAAGUACGCCGUUAACGGCAUUGUCCAUUUCGCAGCGCGUUCCCACGUGGACGCUUCCUUCGACGAUCCGCUUUCCUUCACGCAGACUAACGUCGCUGGCACUCAGACUCUGCUCGAGGCUGCGAGGCGGAUUGGCUCUAUCCGGCGGUUCGUCUAUGUCUCCACGGAUGAAGUGUACGGGGAGAAUGACGCGUCGGGUCCACGGGGUCUUGCCGCCUUCACGGAGGACGAUGCUCUGCAUCCUACCAACCCGUAUUCUGCUAGCAAGGCCGCGGCGGAAAUGAUUGUCCAGGCGUAUCGCAAGUCGUUCCACAUGCCGUUCCACAUGCCGGUUAUAGUCACUCGAUGUAAUAAUGUCUUCGGGCCAUAUCAGUAUCCUGAGAAGCUUAUUCCAAAGCUGAUCAUGCACCUCCAAAAGGGCCAGAAAAUACCCAUCCACGGUAACGGACAGAGUGCCCGCGCGUUCGUGUUCGCAGAAGAUGCAGCCGAGGCGCUGGACAUUAUUUUCCAUCGGGGGGAAGAGGGCGAGACGUACAAUAUUUCUUCGGAUAGUCAACUGCGUGUCCGGGAGGUGGCGGAGGAGAUAUUCAGGGUCAUGUACCGGGAUUGUCACCAGAAUGUCGAGGACUGGAUUGUGUCUGUCCCGGACCGCCCGUUCAAUGACAGCAUGUACUGGACCGAUGAUUCCAAGCUGCGUGCACUGGGGUGGGUGCAGAAGACGGGGUUUGAAGAGGCUCUCGGGGCUACUAUCGAGUGGUUCUGUCGUGAGAGUGACGGGUUCUGGCCUGAGCUGAGAGGUAUGCAGUGUCAGUUGGACUCAGUGUGA